AUGCACAUCUCAAUCGAAAAGAAAAGACUCUGCCUCGAUAAAAAGUUACAAAAUGCUUUCGACAGCAUGAAGGACUCAUUCAUGGUCAGCGAUAUGGAGCUAAAGAAGUUGGCAAGACAGUUUGAAAAAGAAAUGGAAAAGGGACUUGAGCAACCAUUUGACUCGAUACCAAUGAUUCCAACUUGGGUGACUGAGCAUCCAACGGGAAAUGAGCAUGGUGAAUAUUUGGCGUUAGACUUGGGAGGAACAAAUCUCAGAGUUGUGUCUGUGAACCUAAAAGGCAACUGUGAUUUUGAAUUUGAACACACAAAGUAUCCAUUGCCGGCAUCAUUAAGACAUUGCUCAUGCUCUGAACUAUGGGCCCAUAUAGUUGGCUGCAUUGAAGAUUUUCUACUCCAGAAAUACUCGCCUUUGCCAAAAGAACCACUUCCUAUGGGAUUCACGUUCUCAUUUCCUGCCUCUCAAAAUCGAAUUGACCAAGGAGUGCUUCAGCGAUGGACUAAAGGCUUUAAUAUACCAGAUGUUGAGGGAAAAAAUGUUGUGUCUCUGCUUCAGGAGGAAAUUGACAAGAGAAAGCUCCCAGUUAAAGUUACUGCACUUAUAAAUGACACAACUGGAACACUUAUCGCAUCUGAGUACUCCGACCCAGAAACAAAAAUGGGUCUUAUCUUUGGAACAGGAGUGAAUGCGGCAUACUUUGAUCGUAUUGAUCGAAUUGGAAAGAUGAGAGAAACGGUGUCUGAAAAUUUGAUCAAGACACAAACUCCAAUCGCAAUAAAUACGGAAUACGGUGCUUUUGACAACGAGCACAAAUACCUCAAGCGUACAAAAUACGAUAUUUACAUUGAUGAAAAUUCUACAAGACCAAACCAGCAGAGCUACGAGAAAAUGGUGAGUGGAUACUACCUUGGAGAAAUCUUAAGAUUGGUUCUUCUCGAUUUUGCAAUUGGUGGAAUGAUUUUCAAGGGGCAAGACAUCCAUAAGUUGAAGAUUCCUUUUAUUAUGGAUGCAUCGUAUCCGGCGAGAGCAGAAGAGGAUGACUAUAGACAGCUUCCACUUAUUGAUAAAAUAAUGAAAACCAGUCUUGGAAUACAAACCACACAUUGUGAACGACAAUUAAUCCAGGAAAUAAGUAUCCUUAUAGGAACGAGAGCCGCCAGGUUAUCUGCCUGUGCAAUUGCGGCCAUAUGUAGAAGAAUGAAUAUUCAAUCUGGACAUUGUGCAUGUGAUGGAUCAGUUUUCAAGAAGUAUCCAUUUUUCACCAUGAGGGUGGAAAAUGCUCUCAGAGGAAUAUUUGACUGGAAGCAUGGCAAGGAAAUUCCUUUAAAGCUAGUUGCUGCUGAAGAUGGAUCUGGUGUUGGUGCCGCAAUUGUGGCAUGCCUUGCCAAAAAGGCUACCAUUGAAAAAGCGUCAUAG